CCUAACCUAACAUUUUUCACGGACACACUACUGUACACGUGAUAAUUUAAACUCUAUUUUAUUAGCUUUAUAAUACAUUUGUAUUCAUUGUACACAAGUGUUACGAAUUAGUACAGGAAACUUACAAAAAUGGCGAAAUUUUGUUUAAAAAAACAAAGUAAGCGGAUGCCAGCCCGGAAGAGAUAUAAAAUAGAGAAGAAAGUUCGUGAACACAAUCGAAAAUUGAGGAAAGAAGCCAAGAAACAUCCUAAAAAGAAACCAAAGGUGAUCGAAGUUCCAAAUCAGUGUCCUUUUAAGGAAGAUAUAUUAAAGGAAGUAGAAGCUAUGAAGAAGCAACACGAAGAAGAAAAAGAAAAAUUACGCGACGCUGCACGUCAAAAAAAAAAAGAGGAUCUUGCCAAAGCUGGCCUACAAGGUUUAGUUUCAGCGGCAGAACACAAGCAAGCAGAACAUAAUGAGACUAGAACGGAUACAGUACAUGAAAAAAUAAAAGAUGUUUUGUCUAAGGAAGAAAAUUCUCUAAAAGCAUACUACAAAGAGUUCAAGAAAGUGUUGGAUGCAGCUGAUGUCAUUCUAGAAGUUGUAGAUGCUAGAGAUCCUUUGGGAACCAGAUGUAAACAGGUUGAAGAAGCAGUGCGAUCUGCAAAGGGAAAUAAACGAUUGGUUAUUGUUCUAAAUAAGGCUGAUUUAAUACCUAGGCAGAACUUAGACCAAUGGUUGAAGUAUUUGCGUAUUAGUUUGCCAGCUGUUGCAUUUAAAUCAUCUACUCAAAUUCAGUCAAAAAAGUUAGGUAGAAGAAAAUUAGGGAAAAAAACGGAGACUAUGAUACAGGGUAGCACUUGCUUUGGUGCAGAAUUGCUCUUGUCACUGCUUGCGAAUUAUUGCCGUAAUGCCGGCAAUGUUAAAACUAGUAUUAGAGUGGGAGUUGUUGGACUUCCAAACGUCGGAAAAUCUAGUGUAAUUAAUUCUUUGAAACGUAGCAAAGCUUGUAACGUAGGAAAUACUCCAGGAAUAACGAAAGCUAUGCAGGCAGUACAACUGGAUUCAAAAAUAAAGUUGCUGGACUCUCCAGGGAUAGUUUUUGCUAAUCAUUCUCCAGGAGAGAAACCUGACGACUCGUCCUUCGCUUUAAAAAACGCGGUAAAAAUACAGUCUUUAAGAGACCCGUAUACGCCGGCAACCGCGAUUUUGAAGAGAGUUUCCAAACCACAAAUUAUGGAAUUGUACGACGUGCCAGAAUUUUCUACUCCCGAUGAAUUCUUUGCUUUAAGAGCUACUAGAAUGGGAAAGUUUAAAAAAGGUGGCAUACCCGAUACUGUAGCGGCAGCUCGCAGCAUCCUCGAGGAUUGGAAUUCCGGAAAAAUUAGAUACUACACGGUACCACCCGAAGAACCAACUUGUCACAUAUCCGCGGAAAUUGUGAGCCAAAUGAAUAAAGAAUUCGAUAUCGACAGUUUUGCUACAGAAGAAAAAAUGAUGCUAGAUACAUUCGAGGAACAAAUCGCGAAUAAGCAGACUGUUAAUUCUCUGUUGAUCGAGAGUACUGGUCCAGUUACAUCUGCAAUGGAAUUAGAGAUCCAGAAGGAAGCAGAAAUUAAAGUGCAGAAAAAGUUGAAUAAAAAAAUUGAAAAUAAAAAGAAAAAUAUGGACGAGUCGAGAAAGAAAAAGGUGGACCCGCUUUUUGAAAUCGAAGGCAAUCAGAAACUAAACAAAAUUAAGAAAUUACAAUUUAAAAAAGAAAAGAGAGCCCAAGCCAGAAGCGAAAAGCUGGCUGUUAAUUUGUCAGGAAAACUUAGCGAGUUCAGUAUCACGACCUCCGACGAUUAUGACUUCAAAACAGAUUUUGUGGAGAAAUAAAAUGUUCGUAGAAAUUUGCGAAAUAAUUGAAGUAAUCUGUACCUCUAUGAAUUACGUUUGUACGUAUAAUGUAAAUACGAAUUAACGAUGUAAAUGAAUAAAGACAACUGUUUUUGUAUAAACUAUUCUUCUUCUUAAUGUAACAAUUUAAUACCAAAUUAACUCGUGUAAAUG